AUGGCUCCCCAACCCUCCGGCCGUUCAAGCACUGAGCAGCCUAGCGAGCGUACGCUAGGGUCUACCCAAGAGAUGGAUCAAAGCAGCGAGCGAGACUCCGACAUAGCGGCCCCCGAGAAGACACACUUUGCUCCCGUCCUUGGCUCUCUGGGACAUUCCCGGGGCCGCUCCCAUUCCUGUAGCUCACACCUCAGCCGACAGAAGACGUCGGAGUCGAGAAAGGAGAGCCUUGACCCUGACCUAGACAUCAACCUGCCCUACCGAACCCUCAGCAACAAUGCCGACAUGAACGAGUAUCGUACGGAGACAACGGCUGGCGAAAUCCCAGGUCCACCGAUUCCAAUGGGUGAUGGCGAGACACACUACCAAUUGACAACGUUCAAACCCAACGAUCCCGAGAAUCCGAAGAAUUGGUCCAAAGCAUUCAAGUGGUAUUGCACCAUGGUGGUUGCGGUGACCUGCUUUGUGGUGACCUUUGCCUCGAGCAACGUGUCUGCCGAUAUGAUUGGUGUGAUGGAGGAGUUCAACGUCAAUGAGCAGCUUGCUUUGGCGACGAUGUCAUUCUUUGUUAUUGGGCUCGGACUGGGUCCAAUGGCAUUCGCUCCGCUCUCUGAGAUUUACGGAAGACGACUAAUUUAUGCUUCAACACUCCUUCUCGCCGUAAUUUUUAUUAUCCCUUGCGCCGUCGCCCAGAACAUCCAAACACUCCUGGUGUGUCGUUUCAUCGCAGGGAUCAUGUUCUCGGCUCCCAUGACAUUGGUUGGCGGAACUCUAGCCGAUAUGUGGCGAUUGGAAGAGCGCGGUGUCCCAAUGUCUGCUUUCUCAGCUGCCCCAUUCAUGGGCCCAGCAUUUGGCCCCCUCAUCGGCGGUUUUCUCUCCGACGCAAAAGGCUGGCGAUGGCUCUACUGGAUCCAGUUGAUAGUGGCUGGAGUAAUGUGGAUUCUCAUCACGUUUACCGUCCCGGAGACAUACACGCCUACAAUCCUCGCUCGCCGCGCCCGCAAACUCCGAAAGGAGACGGGUGAAUCAUACGUUACCGAGCAUGAUCUUGAUAUGCGUCCACUUAGUGAACGGCUCGGUCUCUUCCUAGUCCGUCCGUUCCAGUUGCUCUUUACAGAAGUUAUCGUCUUCUUAUUCUCGCUGUAUAUGUCAAUUCUUUAUGGAGUGUUGUACAUGUUCUUUGUGGCCUUUCCGAUUGUUUACCAGAAGGGCAAGGGAUACUCGUCAUCGAAGACCGGUCUUAUGUUUAUACCGCUGGCUAUUGGGGUCCUUGCCUCCGGUCUUAGUGCGCCUCUCGUCAACAAGCAUUACGUUUCAGUCGCGCGAAAACACCCCGGCCGUCCCCCGGCAGAGUUCCGCCUUUACCCAAUGAUGGCCAGCUGCUGGCUCAUGCCAGUCGGCUUGUUCAUCUUUGCCUGGACUUCUUAUCCGCACCUAUCUUGGGCUGGCCCAGCGUUGGGAGGGUUCCCCGUAGGAUUCGGAUUCAUCUUCAUGUAUAACGCUACCAACAAUUACCUUGUCGACUGCUAUCAACACCAAGCUGCCAGCGCCCUCGCGGCCAAGGUAUGUCUACGGGCGUCCUUUGGAGCGGGUGUCAUUCAUUUUACGGUGCAAAUGUAUGCCAGGUUGGGAUAUCAGUGGGCGUCGUCUCUCGUGGCGUUCAUCAGUCUUGCCUGCUGUGCCAUCCCGUUCGCGUUUUUCAAGUAUGGAGCUAGGAUUCGAGAGUGGAGUAAGUAUGCAUAUGCCGGCGAUGACGAAGACGACGUGGUUGAUUCUGGUCCAUCCGACAUGGAGAAGAAUAGUGCCAAGGGCGCAGAGCCUGCGGGAGGGGUUCUCGGGGCGCAUUAA